AUGAACAGAACGGGCAUAAACUUUCCAUACCGCAACGCGCAACAUUAUCCGUAUAAUGCAUAUACGGUAAAUACACGUCAGGCGCUUGCAUCAUUGGGAUUCGAUAUGGAUGCUUUUGAAGUUACUGAUUACUAUGGUAAACGAAUGAACCGAGCAUCCGUGAGCAUUCCUGGUAGCCAAGCAGCUACAGCAACGACAGCAGCUGCUGCUGCGCAAUAUUCUCAGCAUUAUGGAUUUGGUGCGCCGCUUAUGGAUCCGUUCACUAUGCAGUACAUGUGGAAUCCAGCAAUUAGUUCACCGAUGUUCGGUGUCUUCGACAAUUCUUCCAACGCUUUGGCCAGAGAAUACUACAAUCAAGUAAUGGCUGGAUUUGCACCAACAAUUAACGGCGAAGGAGCGUCGUUUGGUGACGGAAUAGUGCAAUCAUCUAACGCUCCGCCUGUAAACUUGCAACAGUACAUCACGGCUGCAGCAUUGCUUAAUGGAACGCCAAACUUUCGUAAUGAUGGAUCUGGCGAUGGACCCAGUGGCUAUCAUUGA